CAGAAUACAGAAUACAGUUCAAAGAAAUGGCGAAUUCUUCACAAUUCUGUGAUGUUCGUGGAUGGUGAUUUAUCAAAAAACAUUAAUUAUUAUGGCUUUUUUUCAUCAAAGAUGCGGAAGUCGUAUCAAACUGAGUAAUAAUGAUCGAACAGCCAGUAGAAAUAUAGCAGAUUUCAAUCAUGGAUUAGUGUUAAGUAGGGAACCUCUAAUAGACAAUCAGUUGUUUGAAAUCAAAAUCGAUCGAAAGGUUUACACAUGGACAGGAAGCUUAGAAAUGGGAGUUACCUGCUCCGAUCCCGAGACUAUGACUUUUCCUCCCAUAGCCAUUGAUUUAAGAGGAGGAUCAUGGAUAAUGUCUGGCAACAACAUCAUGAAAGAUGGUCGGUCGAUCAACAUCAACAUAGUGGACUUGGACAAGGUGGAUGAAGGAGAUGAAAUUGGAGUCAUGAGAACAGCUGAAGGAGAACUUAUCUUUUUUGUCAAUGGAAUCAGUCAUGGAGUAGCAGCGACAAAUUUGCCAAGUAAGGUGUUUGCAGUUGUGGAUCUGUAUGGAAAAGUUGUUCAAGUGACAAUCACGAAACCUCCGUUGCCGGCUGCUGUGGAUUCUGCAAGCCGAUUAGACGCUCAUCAAGACACACAACAAAGAGAGCUGCGAUUAGACGAAGAAGAUGAGGAAGAAGAAGAAAGUGGUGGUGGUGAGGGGUGUGAGGAGGGAGAGUUGCAGUCGACGGUUGCAGUGACCGACCUGGUGACCAGUCUGGACGUCGGUAUGACUGUGGGGCGGGGGGUCGGGGACGGUGUGAUGACGGUUGGUGGCGAGAGGUUGCGCUUCCACGCCCGCACCGGCACACUUGUCAAGCUGUCCUACAACGCACGAACUGCCGAACGACUCAGGCCAUUGGAUGAGUUCAACAACGGCGUCGUUAUGACUCAUCGGCCUCUUCAGGAUAACCAGUUGUUCGAGAUUCGAAUUGAUAGGUUGGUUGAGAAGUGGUCUGGUAGUAUAGAAGUGGGCGUGACGGCGCACAACCCCUCAUCACUUGAGUUUCCGGCAACUAUGACCAACAUGCGCAGCGGUACAACGAUGAUGUCGGGCUGCGGCAUACUCACCAAUGGCAAAGGCAUACGCCGCGAGUAUGGCGAAUUCAAUCUUGAUGAAUUGAGGGUCAGUUACACUCAUUUUACCUUUAAUAACCUUAACAAGCAUGCUCGGAACGUCCCAUAUCGAAUAUUUAAUCUCAUUGUAAUUUAGUCAUUUGUACUACAGGUUACUAUUGUGGACCGGGAUGAAAGAGAAGAACAGAAUCUGAUUACAAGGCGAAAUACUGCCUUGAGAGACCAGCAUAUUUCUCAAUCGCUCAAUGAUAUGCCAGAGGAAGACUCUGUUGACCGACUGAUGUUCCAUUCUACGUGUGGCACUCAUGCAGCUGUGAUAAAUAAUUGUAGAACCGCACAUAGGCCCAAUGCUAUGGAUGACUUCAAUAACGGAGUAGUUCUGACACAUAGACCGUUGAAGACGGAUGAAUUGUUCGAAAUAAGACUAGACAAAAUGGUGACAAAGUGGGCCGGCUCCAUUGAAAUAGGCGUCACCACGCACUCUCCGACUGAACUCGAGUUUCCCUCAACCAUGACCAAUGUCAGAUCUGGCACCUGGAUGAUGACUGGAAAUGGCGUCAUGCACAAUGGAACUACUAUUAUUGAUGAAUAUGGACAAAAUUUGGAUAGACUACAGGUGGGUGAUAGGGUGGGCGUGAUUCUGCGCGAGAACGGCUCGCUGCACUUCCUGGUGAACGGCGUGGACCAGGGCGAGGCGGCCACCAACAUCCACCCGCGCGUGUACGGGGUCAUCGACCUGUACGGCCAGGCCGCUCAGGCCACCAUCCUCGACUACAACUGCCUCUGCUGCUACAGCCCUUCCACUGACGCAGCCACCCUCCAUCACGACGCUGCCAUGCACGCCUCGCAGCGCUCCCACUCGCACAGUGACCUUCACUUCCAUCACAUCCACGGCCGGAACGCCCGGGUCUCGAAUAACGGACGCACCGCUUCCCGCCCCCGCGCCCUGGGCGAGUUCAGUGACGCAAUCGUCAUGAGCAAUCGACCUCUCAAGGACGAUGAGAUGUUCGCUGUUGUCAUCGAGAAAAUCGUCGACCGGUGGUCUGGUUCUAUAGAAGCAGGCGUUACUGCUAUCCGUCCUGAUGAACUAGAGCUGCCUGGUACUAUGACCGACUUGGAUCAUGACACGUGGAUGCUUUCAGGAUCAGCAGUGAUGAAAGAUGGAAUAACGUUGAAGCACAACUAUGCUUUGGAUCUGGACACGGUGACCACUGGCUCUGUGAUAGGCAUGAAAAGGCACCUGGACGGCUCUCUCCACUACUACCUGGAUGGUGUUGACCAGGGUGAAGCCUGCUCUGAUCUGCCUGCCAACAUUUAUCCGGUUAUCGAUCUCUAUGGACAGUGUGCUCAGGUUUCAAUAGUGAGUCCAACGGAACGGCCGUUGGAUCCGGAAAGCAACGACAACAGCUGUUCGCACGGCCUCGCAUUGGGCGUGGCUCAGAGGAGCAGUGAGGAGGCGGUACCUCCCCUCGCCCUCCUCACCACCUCACAGCAGCAGCCGCCGUCUGCCACCUACAUCCUUCACAGACUGAGCCCGUGGUGCGGCAAGAAUGUGCACCUGUUGCCGGGCAACGUGGUGGCCUGGCGCACAGGUGUGACGCCUUGCAACGGCCUGGUGCAGAGUGCCACGGUGCUGGUGGCCGGUGAGCUGUUCGAGGUGGCCGUGGAGCGGUGGGCCUCGCACUGGGCUGGUUCGCUCGCUGUCGGCGUCACGCUCAGCACUCCCGCCGACAACAACCCGCUGCCCAACACCAUUGCUCGAUUCAACAUCGACACCUGGUAUGUGCAGGGUGGGGAUGUGUACCAGAACGGUCAGGUGAUGAAGAGCAACUACUGCCGCUCGCUGGAGUGGCUGCGCGUGGGUGGGCGAGUGGGCAUCAGACGCUGCAACGACGCCACUCUGCAUGUCUACAUCAACGGCACAGACCAGGGCAUAGCCGCCCACAACAUUCCCAAAAAGGUGUACGCAGUGGUUGACCUAUACGGCAGUGUGACGGCAAUCAGGGUGAGCAGUCGACUGCCGAAUGCGCCGUCCACCUCGCUCAAAGAUGCGGCCGCCGCAGCUGCGUCCAACACAAAUUCCAUGAUCGGUGCCACCGCCGCAGCUGCGUCUAACACCAACUCCAUGAUCGGUGCCACCGCCGCAGCUGCGUCUAACACCAACUCCAUGAACGGUGCCACUGCCGCAGCUCUGGUGCCUGUUGCACUCGCUCUCGAAGAGGACUUGUCCAGUAAAAGGGAGGAUGUGGCAGCAUGGUCAGACACUCAAAAAGAUGAGGAUUCGGAGAGGAAGAAGAGUCCUCUUGAAGUAGACUCAUUGAAUGAUGAUUUAGAUAUGGAUGAUGAUUUCAUGCCCCAUAUGAGCUGCAUUGAAUUCCACGAAUCGCAUGGCCGCAACGUGCAGUUGAGUGAGAAUAGGGCGACGGCUCGUCGAAUUGCCAGCUACAACCAGGGUCUCUUGAUUACUCGUUCCUAUCUUCCACGUGGUCAACUCUUUCAGAUUAGAGUUGAAGGCAUCAAUAGCAGGUGGGUGUCAUCGCUGUGCAUUGGUGUGACCACUCACUCGCCACAAACCAGUCCAUCUCUGCCUGUCACAGCUCUCGGUCUCAAACGCGACUCGUGGGUGAUCUGCGGCGACUGUGUCUUCCACAAUGGCCAAAAGAUAAAGUGCAAGUACGGUCCGAACCUGGACUUGGUGGGCGCCGGCCACGUGAUCGGCAUCCAGAUCGACGUGGAGGGGCAGCUGCGGCUGGUGGUGGAUGGCGUCGACCAGGGUGUGGCCGCCACUGCCAUCACUCUGCCCUGCCGGGUCGUCAUCGAUCUCUAUGGACAGUGUGAACAGGUCUCGAUAAUCACUCCUCAAAAGGAUACAUCGAACGUUCUAGCCGAAAGUGAAGCACCCGCGGUACUGAGGAAAGGAACUUUGGACAGUAUCGAGAACGAUUUCAGAAUCAGCACUGACAACCAGGAGAUUGACGAUGAUGAAAAUGAAUUGAAUGAGGUGACACAAGAGAAAGCCGAUCUUGAGAGUCACGAGAAAGAAUCUCCAGUUGACAUCCCGAGCAGAGAAGAUCCAAUGAGGGCGAAAAGUGACAAAACUAAUGAAAACAUUCAGGUGGAAAUGAUGACCGCGUCAGCGUCAGCUGCGGCGGCUGUGUCGUUUGCGGCUACGGCUUCGGCCGACAGCGACGCAGACGACGACACCGAAUUGGACCCCAAGUCAAUAGCGUCCAACGAGAACCUGUCCCUUCAGCAACAGCAGCAGCAGCAGCAGACUGCGGCAGAAAUAUCCAGAUACCACAUGUCAGACACCAACUGCGAUCACAAGACGGGUCUGAAUCGCGCCAACACUUCGUUUGUGAAGUCGCCGAGUGGUGGCGCUAUCAACAAGCCUCUGCCCCCGCCUCCGCCACCACCUCCACUACCCCUCGAUAGCAGUCUCGCCUCCACGCCUCUCUCGGCCACCGCCAACUCCCUCAAGGCUUCCUCCUACUCGUGCGAGUACUUCAACUCCUGUCUAAGAUUCAAGUCGACCAUAGGACUGCCUGACGGCUUCUUCAGUUGGCUGUCGAUAGCCUGCUACUGCGCAGAGUGCUGCACGGCGAGCAGUAAGGGAGUGGGGGGUGGUCACCCGGUGGGCUGGCUGCGACUGCCGCUACGACCAAAGGCGGCUGGCUCCACCGCAACCACAACUGCAACCGACCAAUGGCAUGUCGCCUUCAUCGGCACGCCUCUAACCACUGUGCGCACCAUACUCGAUCUCGGACAACUGUUCACACACGGUGAACUAGGUGUUGGUCAAAAUGUGCAAAGGAAAUUGCAUUCGAAACAGGACGAUUGUGAUGCGACCCAACUUGUCUUCUCACCGUCAAUACAGCACAUCACAAGCACCAAGUAUCAGUACAUAGAUCCGAAAACACAGAAAAAAAUGAUGGCCCAUGCGGCCUUCCAAGUGCUGCUUCGCCCCGGCUCCUACAAGGUGAACGAAGCCACUGAGUGGGUCACCAAGGAGAGAAACGCAACCGUACUCACUGCUCUCCUGCUCAAACUGGUGCCGGCCUAAUCUCACCCUCUGCACUCUCUCGCUGCAACUGUCCAUAGUUUCUAUGGUAACGGUGUAUUGUGAUUGUAGAGCUGGUACAAGUGCAACCGUUCUGUAAGUACGCUAGUUCUUAGCCGUCGUUUCAAUGCUUAGUGCCUCGAUUGCAUACUGUCUGGGAGUGCUUGGAUAACUUUGCCCUAUCUCAAUGUGAUUUGCAUUUUAUUGUUGAAUAGUGCGAGUGGUGUUGUAGUACUGGAUAAAAAAGUUUAAAUCGUCACAGCCAUUGAGAAACAUUUACACAAGAAACUUCUUUUGGUUGUUACUUCAUUAUUAAACCAUAGUAAAUGCAAGAGAUUAAGUUCAUUAGAAAUAAUUGUGUAACAACAAAAACUUGUGUCUCUUUGGAAUAAAAACACAAAAUUUGUCUUUUCCAUUUGAAGCUGUGCGCCACGCUUUUAAAAAAAUGUUUACUAGUGACAUUUCUCGAAGUAUUUCGAUUUGUAUACAUCAAGUUACCUAAAUGUAACAAAUUUUUGAAGGAAAAUUUUUUAAUUCUUGAGAUAUGAAUGCCAAGUUGAAAUCUUGGGGGAGAUCAAUUGUCGAAUUGUCGAUUGGGAAGACAGUUUUUAUGUAUUCUUCGUGUACUAAUCAAUUUGAAGAAUGGCGGUCUGAUUAAGACAUAAUUUUUGCUUCUUAUGCGCUCACUUUGUGAUAUUGGCUACGUUAUUCAACUUUAACUUCCAUUGUUAUUAAAUUCUUGAACUUCUAUUUUCUUAGAUAUUUUCCUAAUUCUUGUAUGACUGUUGAAACAUCUUUGUUAUACUCAAUAAUACGCACCUGAUAAUAAUAAUUAUUAUUAUCUAAAUGUAAAAUGAUUGAAAAUACCAAAUUUCAAUAAAAGAAUUUUGCAAGGAGAAUGAAUUAUGCAUCAAAUUACAAUAUUAUGAAAAGUGCCUGAUAAUACAAUAAGAUUGUUAUCAAUCCCUUACAAAUCUAAAUUGUAUUUUAGUUUUGAACUACUGACGAAUAUUUCAAGCCUUUCAUUGUCAACAUUGUACGUUUCAAUAUGAAUUAUUGUUAUGUGUGCAAAAGGAUUUCACUUCUUUCACAUUAAGAAUGUUGGAAAUGAAAUUCUGUACUGAAUUAUCAAUGAUUGAUAAAAUUAAUGUAAGGCAAUCUUCUACACUAUGUCAAUUCAGGAUUUUGAAAGCCAUACUAGUAAAUCCAUUUUUGGAUUUCAACCUUCUUGAAUGAAAAUAUUGACUACUGUUUUCAGCAGGAAAAUAAUAUAGAAAUUAAGAUUUUGCAACAAUUUAUUGAUUACUACCGCAAUCAAAUUCAAAUUCAAGUGUAAGAAAGAGCAGCGGAAUACAUGACUCUGUUCGAUAUUCCUAUGUAUUGAGGGAGUUGUCCUCUGAUAUUUGAUCUAUUGCGUUUUCUCUGUGUAUCUUAUCGAUGUAUUUAUUCAUGCACAAAAUCAAGUCAACGAUUGAGAGAAUCGACAGGAUUAACCCGGAACUUUUUUCCCGAGUUAUGAAAUGAGUUUUUUUACAUCUUACAAUUAACUGAAAUUUUGUUGAAAGUCCAAAGUUGACAAGGGCAGGAUCACUUGUGUGUCGAGGGGUGGGAUAGGCUAAAGGCGCUUAUAUUACUGUAAUUUGAUAAUUAUCUGCAAUAAAUUAUUGGUUGUAGAUCUAGAUACUGCCUUACCAUUAUCUAUUCUGGUAAAAAUUGUGAUUAAUCAGCAUAUACAUGCAUUGUUGGGAAUCCUUUAGUAAGAAGUGAGCAAAUCAUUUGCAAAAGUUAUCAUGAAAGUCAGUUUAAACCUAUUCAGUAAAUAUGAUUAUGUUCAGUCAAGCUUGGAAAGCUGCAGAGGGUUAGUAUUUUUAAUCGUUCUUUCUACUAAAUAGGAUGGAAAAGCCAACUUGCAUGCACCGUGUACGGAGUGUUCGCAAAUUGAAUAGUUGAGGCUGCUGUUGCCAUUGUACUUGCAGACCAAUCGUCUCAAACAUACACAUAAGAAUCCACUUCAACUGUAGAUCCUCAAUUGCCUCUGUAAGGGCCAAUAAAGACUGUCUCAAAAACGCUCACCUUCGCCAAUAACAGACUGCAUUGCCGAGCCUAAAAGGAAAUGUACACUAUCAGCAGCUUCUGUUGAAUACAAUUCCAAAUCCAGUGUGAAAACUAGUGAACCCGAAAAAACACAAUUGUUGAUAAUGUUAGUAACAAUGAAAAAGAAAGUAUAAAAAUAGAUUAAGAUAACUAUGGAUCAGACUUUAGUUUUGAAUUGGGAUUGAAAUCUGAUAGCUCAGAAGGCUUGAAUAGAGCUUCGAGUGAUGUUGAACCACACCUGCGGUUAUAUUGUUCAUUUUCAGGUGUUGUCACAAAAUUGUUCAGCACGAUUGCUGAUGACUGUCCAUCUCUUGUUCCACUUUCUUGCAAUAAUGUUGUUGACUGAGGAUUUUCAUUUGUUUGUGCAUUUACUAGUGUCACAAAAUUGUUUGGAGAGAUUGCUGAUGACAGUUCAUUUUCUGUUCUACCUUUCUGCUUUAUCAUCUCCUUCACCAUGACCACGAUUUUUCUUGAUCUUUCACUCAUUAUUGACCCUGCACAGGAAACAAAUCAUUAAUAUAAAAUAUCGUUUCAUAAAAACCUUAUAGAUCAAUACUACAAAUAUCUAUCUUUCUCAAUCAUAGCAAUAAUAAAGUUAAAAAAAAGAAUGAAACAUAUUGAUACAUUGGAAUUUUUAUCAUUAUAAGCUUGAUUCCAUAUUUAGGUGAUGUAGCAUUUGAAUCAAUUAUCUGCUUCACUUAUCAGUAUUGAAUGGAUGGUUUUGUCAAAACUUUCAAUCCUGCAAGCUAGUUUGAAUUAAAACCUUCUUUCAGAUGUUUAGUAUUAGGCAAAUAACAUUCUCAAUGUAAUCAUACUUUAGUCGAUAUCAUUGUUUAGUUGCUAUGAAUAUUAUUAGGUAUAUCAUAUUGUUACUAGCAUUUGCCUUAUUUCUUUCAAUAAAGAACGUUAGAGCUCAAAUUAUUCUCAAUGCAAGCAUUCUAUUAUAAAAACAACUUCAAUCAAAUCUAGCAGUUAGCAUAAUACUAAUUCUGUCUCAACUUUGGAAAAUAAGUGGGUGAGAAAUUUAUGAAUAAGGAUAAAGUUGAAGUUAUUCAAUGACGUUCACAAAAACAACACAUUUUGAGGAUGUAUAGCCUACCUACCUAUAAUUGAACUGAAAUGCAUGUUCUACAAGGCCUAUGCAAUUCAUUGUAUGUCUUUAUUGGACAUGCUGUGAAAUAAUUAAAAUUAUUCAAGUACGGUAUAGAUUAUUGAAGUCAACAAUGACAUUAAGUGGAGUUACGCUUGAUAAUUAUUGAGAGUUUGGAUUGAACAACGACAUGAGGUAUGGUUAUGACCAGAGGCGUAGGAUCUAGUUAAAGGGGGGGGGGGUGUACAGCAAAAUGAAAUCAAUGUAAUGCUAAUGCAGUCAUACCUGAUAGAAAUCUUUUUUAUCAUAGAUUACCCAAACUAUGUACAUAAGUAUACUAGUUUUAACUUUCUUCAAUAAUCAAAAAACUUUAAAUUGAUAACCAAAACACAUUAAAUAGAUGAUCAAAACACAUUAAAUUGAUAAUCAAAACACAUUUUUAGGGAAUGGAAUGUCUGAAAAAUGUCUUUGUUACAGGCUGUGAAAAAGUUCAUUCCCUCAUUUGAAUUUAUUUUAAUUCUCCAGCUGUUUCCCACCAAAGCUGCAGCCCUCCAAUGGCUGCUCGUUCACUACAUGAUUUCAAAUCAUCAGCAUAUACAUGCUUGUUGUAUUUCAACAAGAGUUAUCAUGUGUUCUUCAUCUGCUUCUGUUGGGGGGGGGGGAGUUCUCCUUGUGGCAUCAAGCAGAUGAAGCUAGCUAGGAUUGUGUCAUGGUUCAGAAAAUGAGACUUCAACUCAUUUGAAAAAUGAUUAAAAAAGGCAAAAAAUUACAACUCUGAACUGAUCCCAGCAAUUCAGCCAUUUAUUUAACUGAUAUUAUAAAUUGAUAUAGUGGUAAAAAAUAUAUAUUCAAUCAAU